ACGACAGCUGAAGCGGCUGAGAGAAGCUGUCUUCGUAGCGAAAAGACAAAAGCGUUUCGAGGCGGUCGUCCCGGAUUACACUUCAUUGGGUUCCGUAAAGAAAACAUCGUAAAAAUUCCUCCGGAGAAGAUUUUAGAUAGACAAAUAAAGUGAUACCUAGAUUGUUUAGUGAGGAUGGCGGACACAACUGCGUCGAGUGCAUCGGGGGAUGCUGCUGCUCUUGCUCUCGGAUCGGACUGGAUCAAAAAAGCCGAAGACCAGGAGAUUUCGACACUGGUUAACGAACUGAGUAUUGACAAAGAGAAAAAAGAAGUCGAAAGUCCAGUGAAAAAAGAACCGACGACUGAAGGGAAGGUGUCCAACUCUAGUACCGCUGUACCAGCUACGGCGGCACUUUCGGAACCGGUGGCAGUCAAAGAGGAACCAGCUGCCAGUGAAAACGGAGAAACCGUCAGUUCCGCAGAAGAUGCCGAGGCAUUUAAUCCAGCGGAUGCCAGCUUGCUGAUGAAAAUUAUUCGCAAAGGUUUGGUUGAAUCUAAGCUGGAUUUAGAGGUGCAGCGAAAGGAUCCCUCGUCGCCGCUGUUUUCGGUCAAAACAUUCGAAGCUUUGCACUUGAAGCCAGAACUGUUGCAGGGAGUGUACGCCAUGGGAUUCAAUGCACCGUCCAAGAUUCAAGAAACGGCGCUGCCAACGUUAUUGGCCGAUCCUCCACAGAACAUGAUUGCCCAGAGUCAAUCCGGUACGGGUAAAACGGCUGCCUUUGUCUUGGCCAUGUUGAGUCGUGUCGAUCCAAGAAAGAACUACCCCCAGGUGAUUUGCCUGUCGCCAACGUACGAGCUGGCUAUCCAGACCGGUGAAGUGGCCGCCAAAAUGGCCAAGUUCUGUCCCGAGAUCAAACUGCGCUAUGCCGUCCGGGGAGAAGAAAUUGCCAAGGGAGCCAAGUUGACCGACCACAUCAUCAUCGGCACACCCGGAAAGCUGUUGGAUUGGGGCAUCAAGUUCCGGGCGUUUGACUUGAAGAAGAUUACUGUGUUCGUGCUGGACGAGGCAGACGUGAUGAUUGCCACCCAGGGUCACCAGGACCAGUGCAUCCGGAUACACAAGCAACUGUCGUCGCAAUGCCAGAUGAUGUUCUUCUCCGCUACGUACGAACGGGAAGUCAUGGAAUUCGCCGAGUAUAUCGUUCCUAAUCCGAUUGUGAUCCGGUUGGCUCGGGAGCAGGAAUCCUUGGACAACAUUAAGCAGUACUACGUUAAGUGCCGAAACCAGGACGAAAAAUACCAGGCCAUUUCGAACAUCUACGGAGUGAUCACGGUUGGACAAGCGAUCAUUUUCUGUCAUACUCGCAAAACAGCUGGCUGGCUAUCCGGCAAGAUGUCCCAAGAUGGCCAUUCCGUAGCGGUUCUUUCCGGCGAGCUGACGGUCGAACAGCGGCUUGCCGUGCUGGAUCGUUUCCGUGCCGGCCUGGAAAAGGUCCUCAUCACGACAAAUGUACUUUCGAGAGGCAUCGACGUCGAACAGGUUACCAUCGUCGUGAAUUUUGAUCUGCCCAUGGAUCAGAAUGGUCGUGCCGAUUGCGAAACGUAUCUGCAUCGGAUCGGGCGUACCGGUCGCUUCGGUAAAAAUGGCAUCGCUAUCAACUUGGUGGACAGCGACCGAAGCAUGGCAAUUUGUCGCUCUAUCGAGGCACACUUUCAGAAAAAGAUUCACCUGUUGGAUGCUGAGAAUUCGGACGAGAUUGAAAAAAUUGGCUCCUAAUUCCUCGGACUAUUCUUAUCCAGUUAUCGGACUAUGAUGCGCCUACGAAUUUGAUUCAGCACUUUUUUUUUUUGAUUACACGACAAAGAACAGGCGUGCAGUUUAUUAUUUUUCUAUUAAAACUAUAUAGGCAUCAAAUUGACA